UCCCAUCUAAACAACUCAGAGUACAAUCGUCGUUACUCCUCUUUAGUUCCCUACAACAGCUCAGCCGCCGCGGACCGUUACAGCACACAACACAACAGUACAACAACACAAAACAGCACACACAGCACAACAACAGCUCAGCCACCGCGGACCGCUACAGCAUUACUUAACAACUUUCACCUGGAGGCAAUAAAUACAGUUUUUACUAAGUUUGGUUACAAUAACGCCGUGUCAAAAUGCAAUACUGGAUGUUAACAUUUGUUGCUAUGAUCGCACUACAAGAAAAUGCCAAAGGACAGAGUGACCCAGUGGAGGAUCGAAUGCAGACAUUGGUCGAAGCACUGAGAGAGAACAAACAUAAGUACGGAACAAAGGAAUGUGACUCUGUCGUCAGCUCAAUAAGCUCUGAUGUGAAGUUCAUGUCUGAGCGGAUGGAUCACUGCAAGAUAACCCAGGACCCAGAGGUUAAAGAGGCUUGUGAUCAGAUGUCGUCUAAUUUGCCUAAAGUACUGGACUUUUACCUUGACAUCGUCACAAAUUCUUGCAAGAUAGAUUAACCAGUAACCAGUACAAUUCUCUUAAUGUUCUUAAUAUUAGUAAUAUAUAUUUAAUUAUGAUUAUAACAUUUUAAAUGUUAAUUAUAUUUCCUGAACACCUAUCACAUUUGUUUUUUAAUAUUUCAAGUAGUAAAAGUUAUCAUGUUAAGAAAAAAUAAAUGCAAUAAGUUUGACAUUAUUAGUAUUGUUGUCAUUUUAGCUACAAAAAUAACAUACUUAUUACAAUUCCUUUCUCCUCUAUAAUGUAAAAUAUGUUAUACAAUUGUUUCAUCCUGUCCUCUCAGUUAAAAUGGGAUUAACAGAACAGCACUAACUAGUCUUCUUCCAUAUUUUAAGCCAGAGUCUCUCAGAAUACUUGAUUCAGUGUGACAAUAUAAAGCCAGUUCUAAAACUACUUUGCUACACACGUAUGUCUGCUUCCUUGUUGCACACCAGAGUCUCUCGUUAUGCACAAUACACUUUAACAUGUACUGUAACAAUAUAAAGCCAGUAUUAACACUACUGUGCUACACUCGUAAGUCUGCUUCCUUGUAGCACACCAGAGUCUCUCGUUAUGAACACUACACUGUAGCAUGUACUGUAACAAUAUAAAAUCAGUAUUAAAACUACUUUGCUACACACGUAUGUCUGCUUUUUCGUUCCACACCAGAGUCUCUCGUUAUGCACACUACACUGUAGCAUGUACUGUAACAAUAUAAAGCCAGUAUUAAAACUACUGUGCUACCCUCGUAUAUCUGCUUCCUUGUUUCACUCCAGACUCUCUUUAUAUGUACACUACACAUGUGGAUUUUGUUUCCUUACCGAUUACUUCACUGAACAUUACAGCUACGAAUAUAGUGUCCUGCUGUUUCCGUGAGAUGUGGCUAUUUUCUAAAAGUGUUUAGAUUUUCUAUUAUAGGAAUUAUGUAAAACAACUUUGGAUUAAAAAACUUAACCAAAUUAAAAUUGGUACAUUAUUA